GAUCAAGAAAAAACACUAGGAAAAAUUUGCCGGUAAACGCUAAGAAAAAAAGGGCAUAGAAAACAGCAUCGUCGUCCUCAAUCUUCAUCCCUGAUGAUGCGGUUCUUUCUAAUCGUGUCAGUGCUGUUAUUCAUUGCCGGAGCUGAAGUUCCUUCAACAGCAAAGCAAUUCAAAGUAGACGGCACAGUGUUGGAGCUGGAGGAAUCCAACUUUGACUCAGCGAUUUCAGCCUUCGACUACAUCUUCGUCGACUUCUACGCCCCCUGGUGCAUCCACUGCCAGCACCUUGCUCCCCAGUUAGAUGAGGCUGCUCGUCUUCUUUUUCAAUCAAAGGAGCCAAUAGUGAUAGCAAAAGUAAAUGCUGACAAGUUCAAGAAGCUUAAUAAAAAAUAUGAAGUUCAUGGAUAUCCUACCCUCAAGCUUUUUAUACACGGUGUUCCUAUAGACUAUGAUGGGCCGAGGAAAGCAGAUUUACUUGUUAAAUAUCUGAAGAAAUUUGUAGCUCCUGAUGUCUCCGUUCUUAAUUCAGACUUGGCCAUUAGUGAUUUUCUUGAAGUGGCUGGUACAUACUUCCCCAUAUAUAUAGGUUUUGGCUUGAAUGAGACAGUAAUAUCUAAUCAAGCUGUCAAGUAUAAGGAAAAGGCAUGGUUUGCUGUGGCAAAGGAUUUCUCUGAGGAUGUUAGGGUCUUUUAUGACUUUGACAAGGUUCCUGCUUUGGUUUCUCUUCACCCAAUCUACAGCCAGCAAAAUGUUUUUUAUGGCCCCUUUGAAGAUGACAUUUUAGGGGAUUUUAUAAAGCUUAAUUUGCUCCCUCCAGUUGUGCCAGUAAACCCUGAAACAUUGAAGCUACUGAACACUGAUAAGAGGAAAACUGUUCUAACAAUAAUGGAAGACGAGGUUGAAGAGAAGUCACAGAAAUUGAUCAAGUUGUUGAAAGCUGCUGCAUCUGCAAAUCGUGACUUAGUAUUUGCAUAUGUUGGGGUUAAGCAAUGGGAAGACUUUGCUGAUUCAUUUGAGGCCAAUAGAAACACAAAAUUGCCGAAAAUGAUUGUUUGGGACGGAAGUGAAGAGUAUCUUUCAGUUAUCGGUUCUGAAAGCCUCAAUGAUGAAGAUCAGGGAUCUCAAAUUUUGAGAUUCCUGGAAGGUUAUAGAGAAGGAAGAACAGCACUGAAGGGAGUUAACCGCCCAUCACUGAUGAGCUCUAUAAAAUCACUAAUUGGAGUCAAAACUUUCUACAUCAUUGUCUUUUUGGUUGCUGGCUUGAUACUCUUAUGUAGCCUUGUCAACAAGGAAGAACCUCUCAGGGUUGGCACUCGCGAUCAGGUUGAUCAUACUAGGAGCUUUGUGGCCGAAACCAGUGAGUCUAGAUCUGGGGAGAAAGAAGAUUAGAGAAGGUGAGAUAUCUGCUUGGGAAAACAAAUCCUGAAAACAUGAUUACUCUCAGAACAGACUUACAGAUUGGAAAAGGAAAGGCUAACAUGAUGGUUUAUUUAUCCCCACGCGUUGUUGGUAAAUAUUUUUAUCUUUUUCUGUGUAGUAUUUUGUUUUAUGAAAUAGAGGAUUAUUACUAGUUUGCUUUCAUCAGGUUAAAAUAGCUUGCCAACCACUGCUCUUGGUAAAACUGCUGUUUUCAAAUUUCUCAACUUCAUAAUGUUUAUGUUUGCUGCCCUUUAUUCUAUGGAGCUUGAAGUUAACCCCCAGAACAUCUUACUAUAAAAUUAUGAUCUUGCUCCUCAUCUGUAAUCAUGUUCUGUUUUGGACAAAGUAAGGGUGCUUCACUGGCAUCUUUAUCUCAUCAGCAUUAUGAGCAGUCAGAUGUAUCAUUGCCAUGCACCACCUUAGCGAAGAAGUCUGUAAAAAGAUGCAACAGACCAAAAUCAGUGAUGAAGGACGAGACUACCCAGUUUUUCAGGGUACAAUGACGCACACUCGAAAACAAUUCCCUCCAUCAGAUCAUUUUUCCGUAAUUUUUUUUUUUCCAUCCUUUGAUAACUUGGAUAUGAAUCAUGUGACUUCCGAUAAAAGUUUUAACAAUUC